AUGAAUACAACAAAUGGUGGUGCUAGCACCUCAUGCUCCGAAGAUACUCCACAUGAAAGAGUUUAUACACCGCAAACAUCGCACAUAGUUACAUAAGUCGAGCCAUCGUUUUUCGAUGAUCUAGCUAAGGACUCGUAACUCUGGAUUUCAAAUCCUUGGGAGCAUCCAAAAAUCCGUAAGAUGAAUUUAUCCAAGGUUAUUCUACACGAAGGUCACCUUUUGAAGAAAUCUAGAGACGAAUAGCAUAUGUUUAAAGCCAGAUAUUUUGUGCUUUAUGAAGAUAGAUUAGAAGUUUUUAGAGACUAGAAAGAAAUGAAAACUUAAAGGGCUUCUAAUAUAAUGCUAUUAGGAGCUGUUAGAUUAGAUUUGAGACCAAUAUGUGAAGAGGAUUUAAGAUAGUUAAAUGAGCGAGAGAGAUACUUUUUAAUGUUCUUAAGCUGUAAAAUGAGAUUCUUUUUAUUUGCAAAAGAUUAAGAAACUUAUAAUGGAUGGGUUAAAAACCUAAAAAAGACAUGCAUUCUAACAAAUUUUUCUCAAAUGUAUGAAAACAUAAAGAUUCUUGGUAAAGGCACUUUUGCAAAAGUAUUUCUAACAAAGAUGGUAAGAGGAGGCUAGGAAUUUGCAGUCAAAACAUUUGAUAAAAGAGCCCUAUUGACAAGUAAAAACUCAGAAAAAACUAGAACUGGCCUCUUGAAUGAAAUUUAAAUAUUGAGAAAGUGUGACCACCCUAAUAUAAUCAAACUCUACGAAGUUUAUGAAUCUGACAAUUAUAUUUAUUUGGUUUAAAAUGUGUUGAAGGGAGGUGAGUUAUUUGAUACCAUAAUAAAAAAUGGUAAUUUUUCUGAAAAGAAUGCAGCAAAAAUAAUACAUCAAUUGCUAAGUGCAUUAGAGUACAUACAUGCAAAAAAUAUAAUGCAUAGAGAUAUUAAACCUGAGAACCUUAUACUAGUUGAUAAAAGUGAUGACUUCUAAAUUAAACUAGCUGAUUUUGGUUUAGCAGCAUUUACUAGUGAUGACCUCCUUUUUAAAAGAUGUGGUACUCCUGGCUAUGUAGCACCAGAAAUUUUAGAAGAUAAAAAAUAUGAUUAAAAAGUUGAUGUUUUUAGCUCUGGAGUCAUCCUAUACAUACUUCUUACAGGUUGUUCACCAUUUUAUGGAAAGAGCUAUAAUGAAAUUUUGUCAAAAAAUAAAAACUGCCAAAUUUCUUAUGAUUUCAAUGAAUUAGGUGUGAAAGUUAGUUAAGAAGCUACUGAACUUCUCAAAAAGAUGCUUGAUGUAGAUCCUAAGACUCGUAUAACUGCUUCACAAGCCCUCAACGAUAGAUUUUUUACUAAAUUCUUUGGAGAAAGAAAUUUAAAUACAAGUUAAGACGAAUUUGAUACUGGCAACGAAGAAAGUACUGCCUAUGAAAAUAUGCGUUUAUUCUAGACUCAAUUUAAUGUGCAAAAUAUAAAACCCCACGAAUUAAAGCCUUAAGAUUCAAAAGGGCUAGUAAGUAUGACUCCUAUGCUAGGAGGUAGAAAUCUUGAUAAUCCUCAAGGAGACGACAUUCGCAAUCCGACUGAGAGAUGGAUGUCUCCUCAAAAGAAAGUUAGACCAGGAGAUUAUGUAAAUAUUCAAACUGCUGUUACAUAAAAUGAUUAUAUGUAGAGAUUAGUAGCUAAGCCUUCAUUAGAAAAAUACGAAUUUAAGUAAACAGCUACUAUUCCAGAAACUCCAAUUGUUAAAACAGAUAAUCGUAGGACAAUAUAACCGAUGAAUAUCUUUGGAGUUACUUCAAAUAACAACAACAAUAACUUAAAAGAGCCAGUGAACUAAAAUAGUAACAACAAUAAUAAUUCUACAAACAAACCUUAAAAUAAAGAUCUACUAAUAAAAAAUACUUUAUCUAAAUUAAUAUGA